UGACCUUGGAGAUAACAAUAUGAAGACCAAGCCAAGGAGCAGGAAAGUUGACGUUUUGAAUGUGGAUCCUUCUUCAGAAAAUGACCCUGGACAUUGACUGUGUUGCAGCCAUGCCACGCUGUGUGGAAGUGAUUAUAAUUGGGGCCGGGAACCGGGGACAGACUUAUGCAUUAUUUUCAAAAGAUUUUCCAGAGCGAAUGAAGAUUGUCGGAGUAGCAGAUUCUCGUUUAAUUGCCAGGCAGAAUUUGCAGAUAAACUACUCCAUACAAGAUUGCAACGUCUUCAAUGAUUGGCGAGAAGCUGCAAAACGGGAGAAAUUUGCAGAUGCUGUGAUCAUAGCAACUCCAGACAGGCAUCAUAAGGACCCAACAGUGGCAUUUGCAAAGAAGGGCUACCACAUCCUCCUGGAGAAACCCAUGGCAGUGACUGUGGAUGAUUGCAAGGAGAUUGUUGCGGUAUGCAAGGUGAAUAAUGUGAUGCUUGCAGUCUGCCAUGUACUGAGAUACUCCCCACCAAUUCUGAAAAUACAAGAGCUGCUAUGCCAGGGAGCGAUCGGGGAAGUGGUCCACUUGCAACAUCUGGAACCUGUUGGUUUUUAUCACUUUGCUCACUCGUUUGUUCGAGGGAAUUGGAGAAAUGAGCAAGAAAGCACCUUCUCACUAAUGGCAAAAUCUUGUCAUGACAUUGACAUCAUCAACAGUUUGAUGUUUGGAAAGAGGUGCAUCAAGGUAUCAUCGUUUGGAUCUCUCUCUCAUUUUACCAAAGCUGACAAGCCUGAGGGUGCUGCUGACCGAUGCUUGGAUUGUGCAGUAGAGAAGUGUUGCCCAUACUCUGCUAAGAAACUUUAUCUGGAAGGUGUCAAGAAUGGCAAGAGAGGAUGGCCCAUCUCUGUAAUCUGUGAAGGGUCUACUGUUGACAUUGAAUCAGUUACAAAGGCACUUCGUGAAGGUCCAUAUGGAAGGUGUGUUUACGAAUGUGAUAAUGAUGUUGUCACCCAUCAGGUUGUGAAUAUGGAGUUUGAGGAAGGAGUGACAGCAGCUUUUGCUAUGGUGGCUUUUACUGAAAAGCUGGCUUCUCGGAAGAUAACAAUUUACGGAACUGAGCCUGGAGGUGCUGAUUGCCAAAUACCAACUCAGAAGUGAUACUGAUGAAAACACCUAAAAGAGUAACAUCCUUCAAUGCAUGUGUUUGAAACAUGCUGAGGGUUAUCCUGUUACAUAUUCAGCUAACACUUAAUGUUGAGGCGUACCCAUAAACCAUGGUCACUUGGAUGAGACACUGGAGAGCAACUAGGACCAUUGCAAUCAAUUGUCUUGCAAAUUGUCCACAGUUAUCACCUAUUCUGAAUAGUAGCCUUCAAAGGAAAUUUGAUGAAUACUUAAUGAACAAAAGAAGGUAGAGAUACGGGACAAGAGCAGAAGAAUGGGAUUAACCUGAAUGCACUGGAAAAUAAAACUACCAAAGACUUGAACUAGUUGCCUUCUCCUGUACUGUGCUAUGAUUCUAAAAUUCCAAGACAGGUUAUACAGCUACUAAGCCACUUGUUAACAGAUCUCUUCUAUUUGGAGAGAAGAUAGAAUGACAUGUUGAAAUGAAAUUAGUUAAAUAUCUUUUCCAAAAGACAGCUCCUCUGAUAAUGCAGUACACUCUUACAAAUGUGCUUGAACAAUCAACCUCAACUGUGUGCUGAAAUUCUAACACAAAGUUCUGUGUCAAAAUCAUGUAAAACGUUUAUCACGGUGCACGUGUUUCUGGUUUUUGGUGUUUUGCUUUAGGAAGAACAUAAAGGCCAAUGAAAAUAUAGAAAGACAUUUAUUAAGAUGAUAACAAAGUGUGAAACUAGACCCUUAGGGUCUAGGCCCGAAACAUCAGCUUUUGUGCUCCUGAGAUGCUGCUUGGCCUGCUGUGUUCAUCCAGCUCCACACUUUGUUAUCUUGGAUUCUCCAGCAUCUGCAGUUCCCAUUAUCUCUGAUCACACUUUAUUAAGAUGGUGUCAGGUAUGAGACUUUGCUUACUAUUAGAAUUUUUGGUAAAGGAAAAAUACUUUGAUCAGUGAACGCCUGAAUUCAAACUCAGAAGAUCGACCUAGGCUUAAUAGAGUUUGCUUGGAUACUCAAUGACUUGUCAGAAACAAUAUUGGAAGGAGACCGUAACGAAUUUUGAAAGAGAAGUAAACAAUUAUUUCCUGUUGACUUCCUGUCUAACUUGGCCUCUCAAGAGUUAAAACAUGUCCGAGAUCCAACAGGGAGGCCUGAUCCUUUUGACCAUCAUUUCCAUGAAAGCAAUAAAUACUCAGUUUCUCUCCUUAUUUCAGUUGCCUUUCAAAACAGUUGCCAUCAUCAACUGACACCCCCACGUACACAAUGGAUAAACAUUCUAGAUCAUAAUGUCCAGUAAAGUAUCAACCCAUCCCCAACUUCCCCUUUCUCUCUAAAUCCUUUUGAUUUUAUUUUUCUAGUCAGGUUCUCACCUCUACCACUGGACUGAAGCAAGUCUCAUUAGAGUCACCAGUUUCAUCCUCAGUGACUGUGACAAUGAUGCAUUAUUCUAAUAGGCCCUUCCUAUCUUCUUUGACACAAUACACUAUAUCUCUUGUAUUUGAAGCUCAGUGGGACUAAUUUUGUUUUGUUCCAUUUUUACCUGACUAUUUGUUGCCUUCAGCUGCAGCUUCUCUAACUCUGUUACAUCAGAAGUCAAUGGAAAUAUGUAGAUACUGUUCUCUUAAUCCACGUGGUGCCCUUUGGUGAAUCAUGAGAAUGCAUGGAGUCAGUUGCCAUUUGUAUUUUAACAAUGACUAUUCUUAUGUUUUCAUCAUCUGCCUUGACGUUGUCAGACAGCUAGCCCAACGUCCGGUUUUGACUGAACUAUAGCAUCCUUUAGCUAAGCAUUGGGAAGACAGUAGCCAUUGUGUGUGACCCUGCUAUGUACAGGAAAAUGUUUGCACAGAUUCUGGCCCUCUUCCCAGGUUGAGCUAUAUUGACCAAAAGUCAGCUCAAGAUCAAACUGGUUGUUAAUCCUCCUCUUCACCUCUGAUAUUGCUUGCCUCCAUCCCUGCCUCAACCCAUCUGCUGCUGAAAUUCUCAUCUAUGCUUUUGUUAUCUCUGACAACUCCAAUAUGCUCUUGGUUAAUGCCCCAUCUCACAUCAAUAAAUUUAUGAUUAUCAAAA